AUGAACUCGCUGAACAUUCUGUCCUCGCGAGUCAUUGGCCAGUCUCCCGGUUCUACGCGUCCACGAUCACAGUCGCAAGACGAAAACCGGCCUGCGACAUCGCCGGGGGACCUGGGGAAGCUACGGUCAUACAGCGAGGAUAACUUCCGGUCAAGCGGCCCCCAAACGAGCUACGACGGUACGGUGUCGGUUGCAGAUGAAGAUCCAGAGGAGGAUACAUCACAUGCGUUCAACGAAAAAACGCCGCUACUGCUGCAUGAAGUCCAGAAAGAUGGCGCACUUGCAACCAGAAGUACCUGGUGUCUGAUUACCCGGCGAAUCUUCGACGCGAUUACGGAAACCGUCCAAUUUAUUUUGUCUACGCUCGCCGCCCCUGGAGUAUACCUGGCCCGCUGCUUUCGAGAAGAAAGUGGACGGUACUCGCUUCUGGCUCCGAUCAAAAAGUUGUGGCCAUCUACAGACUCAACAGUCCGGUCGGAUAAAGGGAACCCGCGGGUCGAUGGCCGGCAUCGCAGUGGCUCCACCCGCAAACUAAGACACCAAGCAUCCCACGACUCGAUUGUAUCCACGUCAGAAUCCGAAACAGAUCGUCAGAGCAUCAAGAGCUUUACGAGUGGGAAGAGCCGGCCAGCCAAAACAAAGAGCCAUGAUCCACAUCCGAUCCCAGACGAGCACACCCCGCGUCGGUCCAUACGGAUCAAGCUCCAUAAUGAAGAAUCUCUCAAACGCCAACGGCAGCGACGCACUCAGAGUGCAGACCUCGGUCCCCCGAUGCCCGAGGGGGUAUCCCGAGUCCAAGGGGCCGUUAAUUUGGAUAGCCUGAAAUCUCCCACUUCUCCUUCCGUCCACCGCAUCACCAAAUACCCGCACUCUCCAACUCCACCGCGCCCGCUCCUUCCGCCCCGAAUUCCUUCGUACACCGCGGCUCCACGAAAUGCCCAGCUCCCACAGAAGACCUUGGUGCUGGACCUGGACGAGACUCUGAUCCACUCGCUCGCCAAGGGCGGCCGCAUGUCCAGUGGUCAUAUGGUCGAGGUUAAAUUGUCCAUGCCCAUGACCACGGCUUUGACACCUGGCGGGCCACAGACCACGCUGGGACCUCAGCAUCCCAUUCUGUAUUAUGUUCAUAAGCGACCGCAUUGUGACGACUUUCUGCGCAAGAUCUGCAAAUGGUACAAGCUCGUUGUUUUCACUGCGAGCGUCCAGGAGUACGCCGACCCCGUGAUCGACUGGCUCGAGCAGGAGCGCAAGUACUUCCAGGCCCGUUAUUAUCGACAGCAUUGCACGCUCCGCAACGGCGCGUACAUUAAAGACCUGAGCGCCGUGGAGCCGGAUCUGAGCAAGGUGAUGAUUUUGGAUAAUAGCCCGAUGAGUUAUAUCUUUCACGAGGACAACGCUAUCCCCAUUGAAGGCUGGAUCAAUGACCCUACCGACAACGGUCUCCUCCACCUGGUCCCUAUGCUCGAAGCUCUGCAAUAUGUGACCGAUGUUCGAGCUCUGCUAGGGCUUCGCCGGGGUGAAAUCGAGACGUAG